AAAAUUAUAGUCCGUUCUGCAUUUUACUUUAAAAUGUCUUAAAUUAUUUUUAAAUAACUGUACAUUGAAGUUUUUGAGAGAAUAAAAAAAAUACAAGCUUUUCUGUCGAGCACAGGAUAUUGGCAGGGAAGCAGAUGUAAGGCGCAUAUGAAUAUCCAUUUGUCACAUAACGUUUAUACAAUGAAACGUUAUUUGCAUAUGUAUUAAUAUAUAAUAUUUGCUUUAUAUUAUCUAAUUCUAUAUUAUAAUUCCAUGCUUUACACAAAUUUAUCGUCUGAAAAAUGUUUUUAAUUUAAACGAAUUGCAAAUUAUAAUAUGCUUUCUGACAAAAUUUAAUCUGACACGGAAACUUUAAAAUUAGAACUGAAGAAAGCGAAUAUUUUCUGCAUAAAUUUUAAAUUGUAAUUAUGGAAUUUUAUGUAAUUUUUAAUUCCUAAACAAUUUUCAUUUGUACUUCUCCUUAAAACACAACUUUCAGCUGCAAUGAAUUGCUCUUUAAUACUGAAUUGUAAGAAAAGGACUGAAGAUCUCCUCUGAGAGAUUAAAAGGCCUCUCGCUUCGAGUGAUUUUCACUUAUAUACUUCAUUAAGAAAGAAAAGAAAAAAAAAAAAAAAAGUAAAUUAAACAUAAAAGAAGGAUGCAUUUACACUAAAGCAAAUGAAAUAGUUUUGAAUCAUGAAUGCCACUGCAACGUGGAUAAGCAUUAAGCGCAUUUAUUUUAUUAAGACUUAUAAAAGUGAAUGUUGCAACUUUUAUUUUAUUAAUCCUGGAUUAUCAUCAUUACAGGUCCAAUUGUUAGUGCCCUAGCGAAUACGUAUGGUUGUCGUCCCGUAACCAUUGCUGGAAGUAUCGUUGCAGCUGUGGCUUUUGCUUUAUCUUACUUCGCAACCAGCGUUAAUUUUCUCAUAGUCUCUAUGGGGUUACUAGGAGGAAUAGGAUUUGGCUUCAUAUUUUUGCCAGCAAUAGUAACCGUUGGUUUUUAUUUCGAUCAAAAAAGAGCAUUGGCAACGGGUAUCGCUGUCUGUGGAUCGGGAGUUGGUGCUUUCACAUUGGCACCAGUAGUUCAGAUUAUGGUCAACGAGUAUGGAUGGCAAGGUUGUUUGCUGGUUUUGAGUGCCGUAAUUCUUAACUGCAUGGUUUUCGGAUCGUUUUUUAGACCUCUGGAACCCAAGAGAAAACUCGAGCCGUUACCACCCGAACCUGCUAAACCACUUUUGCUAAGGAUCAAAGAAGCUAGAGAUAUGUUGAACAAAUGGGAUUCAGACGAAUCUGUCAGCAAUGGAUUGCUCAUAGGCCAAAACGGUUCUCAAUUCGGUUCUCAGUGGAAGAAUUCGAACGGUUCCAAUUCGCAUUCUGUGAAAAACAAAUCAUAUACCGAUCAGACCAGUGGAGGAAGUAAUACCGAUUCUACUAUUUCUCACGCGGAAAGCAAUAAUAGUCCACCCCCUUCUUAUAGCGAAGUCGUUAGCAGCGAUAUGCUUCCUUGUCUUCCCUCUAAUCCUUACAGUGAAGUAGCGAGAAGGGCUUCUUCGAGAUGGGAGAGAAGAUCACCGUCUAAAUUUUUAAGAAAGGGGUCAUGCCAGCCAGAAAUGUUGCGACCUUUCUACAGACAAGAUAUCCUCUUCAGCGCCAGUUUACUUCGAUUACCGGAAUUUCGUUCGCAGCCAGACAUGAAACACUAUCACGCCAGUGUUACGAAAAUCCCAAAGGAAGUUGAAAGUUCGAACAACGAAUUAUGGUAUCACUGUUCCUCCGCCAUGACAGAUACCUUUCGACAGAUGUUGGAUCUAUCGUUGCUAACCAGUCCAACUUUUAUUUUACUCGCAGUUUCUGGUUUUCUGACCUUGGCAGGCUUUUUCGUACCUUUCAUCUACAUCAUAGAUCGUGCCGUGUUGAUAGGAAUAUCGGAUGAAGAUGCAACUAUUCUCCUUUCUACAAUUGGUAUAACUAAUACCGUUGGACGUGUUUUUAGUGGAUGGAUGUCUGAUAGACCGCACAUAAAUGCGCUAUUUAUUAACAAUUGUGCAUUGGUUCUUGGUGGUGUUGCAACAGCAAUUAGUCCUUUCAUCAAUAACUAUUAUUUGUUGAUUCUCUACUGUGCAAUAUUUGGAUUUUCUAUAGGUAAGUUGCUCCUUUAUAUAUUUUUUUUCCAUUUUUUUCCAUUUUUUCAUACUGAAAGAAGUCUGCUGCAUAAAUAUACCAUGAAUAUCACAUAUCAUGAAUACCAGGCAGUCA